GAGGGACAGACAGACAGAGAGACAGACAGACAGACAGAGCUAGAUCGUCAGACGGACAGACAGAGGGACAGACAGACAGAGGGACAGACAGACAGAGGGACAGACAGUGGACAUGGAUGCUCUAGCCCUUGAGGCCACGUUGCCCAGAAAGUCCCAGAAUGGGGCUCUGGCUACUGGCCCCCCCAUCCCCAUGCCUGCUAAGCGCAAGCCGGCCAAGAAAGCUAAGAAAGCUGUUGUCUUUUUCGAGGUGGAGAUCCUGGACGGCAAGACCAAGGACAAGCUCUGCUUCCUGGACAAGGUGGAGCCCAAUGCUACCAUCGGAGAGAUCAAGUCUAUGUUCCACAAGAGCCAUCCCCAGUUUUACCCAGCCAGGCAGUCGAUCCGCCUCGAUGCAAAGGGGAAGUCACUGAAGGAUGAGGACGUCCUACAGCACCUGCCCGUGGGUACCACGGCAACCUUCUACUUCAGAGACCUGGGGGCCCAAAUUAGCUGGGUUACGGUCUUCCUGACUGAGUACGCUGGGCCGCUGAUCAUCUACCUGCUCUUCUACUUCCGGGUUCCCUUCAUCUACGCCCCCAAAUAUGACUUCACCACCAGCAAGCACUGGGUCGUGCAUUUGGCCUGCAUGUGUCACUCGUUCCACUAUGUGAAGAGACUACUGGAAACGCUGUUUGUGCACCGCUUCUCCCACGGCACCAUGCCCCUGCGCAACAUCUUCAAGAACUGCACGUACUACUGGGGCUUUGCAGCUUGGAUGGCCUACUACAUCAACCACCCUCUGUACACGCCGCCGAUUUAUGGGGAGCAACAAGUUAAACUGGCACUCAUCAUGUUCCUGUUCUGUCAGAUUGGAAACUUCUCCAUCCACAUUGCACUACGGAACCUCAGACCACCAGGUUCGAAGACCAGGAAGAUCCCCUACCCUACUAAGAACCCCUUCACCUGGAUCUUCCUGCUGGUGUCCUGCCCCAACUACACCUACGAGCUGGGGUCCUGGCUGGGCUUCACGCUGAUGACCCAGUGUCUGCCCGUGGCCUUCUUCACCAUAGUGGGCUUCAUCCAGAUGACCGUCUGGGCCAAGGGCAAGCACCGCAGCUACCUGAAGGAGUUCCCACACUACCCCUCCCUCCGCUCCCCCAUCCUGCCCUUCGUCCUCUAGAGACGCGCGCACACACACACACACACACACACACACACACACACACACACACACACACACACACACACACACACACACACACACACACACACACACACACACAGUCCCUUUCCUCAGUGGACUGUACCAGUUCACCCCCCACUACUUCUCGCAGUACUGGACUGUACCACUUUUAGAUAACAUGCCAUUCAACUGGACUGUACCAUUUUUAGAUAACAUGCCAUUCAAUUGGACUGUACCAUUCUGCAAGUGAUUACAUACUACCUCUACUGGUCGCUGCCAGUAUAACUUCAGAACAUCAUUCAGCUGGACUGUGCCAGCAUACAGCAACUUAGAUCAUUCAUCAACUGGACUGAAAAAAACAUCACACUGUUAUAAUAGUGAGUUAUCAUGCUCUAUAACUGGAUCAUAGAAAUAGUAAAAAAAAUAAAAAUAAUCGUAUAAAAUAUCGUCCACCAUCACCAAACAUACAAAUUUAAUUGGUCCACCCAAACCUGUAGUACAGUAUUUGUAGGAGGUUAGGACUUAAUUAUAAAAGUCAUAUCACAAAUACAUAACACGUUACGACUUUAUUUUAAACCCUUCUUCAGUCCACCAUUAUUCAUUUUACCCAUCAUCCCUAGAACUGGACCAAUCCACCCAAUGCCCCUUGAACUGGACAUCAGUCAUCUCCAUUGCCCUGCCCCAACAUCCCUCACUUUGUCUGACUAUUAAACCAGCCAAACAAUCUUUAGUUUGCUCUAUGACAGAUUUACAUUACUAUAAACUAGUUUACAUUAAAAGUAUUUAACAUCCUAAACAGACACCUUUGACAACUGAACAAACAUGCUCCCUUUCCCCAAAACUGCUAGUCUCCUACCCCCCCCCCCCCCCCCCCCCUCCCUCCCUCCCUCCCAUUCCAAACUGAACACUGAACCUUACCACACAGGACUCAUGCAGUUGUCUGAUGCAAUUGUGAUCAUGUGAUUUGACCUGUGUCUGCUUCUUGCUUUGAAUAAUCCUGUUUUCUUGUAGGUCUUUGUUUUUGCUAAUAGCUCCAUGUGGUCCAGGUUGUCCCAAAAAGCUCUCGCUAAAACCAGGAUGUUUGAAUUGAAGUCAAAAUGGAAUCAUAUCUUCAACCUGGCAAAUGUUAAGCGGCAAAAAAAAAAUGUUGGUAGCUUUGACUGAUGCUAGUGCUUAUUUGAAUUCUCAAAUGUAUGUCCAUGCUACGUUCCUCAGGAGUUCAGUUAUUGUCCAGUAUUGACUGACUACAAAUAUUUGGAGUGCACUGGAUUUGUUUUUUGUUUUUUCAGAGAUGUUUUUCAAAGACGUUAGUACAAACUUGAUUUAGAUGUACGGCUUUAAGCAUCAUGAGCUAGCAUUGGUAGGGACUUUAGUGUUGCCUUGUUCAAAGCAUGUUUUUUUUUUUUUUAAAACAGUUGACGUAAAUUUAACAAAUCUUGGAAAAUAAAUCUUCAUUUCAGUUACCCUUACAUAAACAUCGUAACACAAUGUGACUUAUUUUCUCGAUUUGUGCAAAAACUAAUUUAUAAAAAAAAAAAAUCAACAAAAACAAAUGUUUGUGUCAUUCUGUACGAUUUAAUGUUUCACAGUUACUACUGUGCUGUACAUUCUGACUUACUAUUAGCUUUAAAGUUGUAGAGAAUUUGCCCAUC